AUGCCUCAACUUUCCGCAGCUCAGUAUGGCAAAGAUAACAUUAGAGUAUACAAGGUUCAGAAGGACAAGACGACGGGGAAGCAGGAUGUGACUGAAAUGACCGUUUGCGUGCUACUUUCUGGUGAUAUUGAGACCUCUUACACAAAAGCCGACAACAGCGUUGUCGUGGCUACGGACACCAUGAAACAAACCACAUACAUCACGGCUAAGCAGAAUCCUGUCAAUCCACCCGAGCUGUUCGGAGCGAUUCUCGCCAAUCAUUUCGUCACUAAGUACUCUCACAUUCACACCGCCCAGGUCAAAGUCAAACAACAUCGCUGGACGAGAGUGGUCGUCAAAGACCAGCCACAUCCCCACUCCUUCUUCCGAGACAGUGCAGAGACGAGGAACGCGGAGGUCGUGGCAACCAAGGAUAAGGGAAUCAGCAUAAGAUCCGCAGUUGCUGGGCUUUUGGUUCUCAAAAGUACGGGCUCGGCUUUCCACAGCUUCAUCCAUGACGAAUUUACCGCUCUCCACGACGUGGAAGACCGUAUCUUGAGUACCGAAGUCGACAGCGGUUGGACAUGGAACACAUUCGAGACUGUGCAAGAAGUUGAAUCGUCUGUCGAGAAAUUUGAUAAAGCUUGGAAGAGCGCACGCCAGAUCACCCUUGAUCUAUUUGCGACAGAGAACAGCCCAAGCGUCCAGAAUACCAUGUACAAAAUGUGUGAGGAGAUUCUUGCGGUUGUGCCCGAGGUCAAUGCCGUUGACUACUCGCUGCCUAAUAAGCAUUACUUCGAAAUAGGUGAGGCACCCUCCACACUGAGUGCCUUGAUCAUGCUGAUAUAG